CAAGUACAUAUAAAGCUCCAUCCAUCCCACCCGAACCGCCAUCGCGUCUUUCACACAUCUCAUCAUCCACCCACUCCUUACACCCAAAACAUGGUUCAACAACUCCUCAUCCAACAAUCCAACAAAUCCCUGGCCUCCACCCACCCCAACUUGACCGCGAUCUUCGUAGGUGGAACCUCGGGAAUAGGCCUCUACACCUUGACCUCCCUCGCAAAAUACUGUCCCAGCCCUAAAAUAUACAUAAUCGGCCGCUCGCAAGCUGCCGCGGACAACAUCCUUUCUUUCCUCCACGACAUCAAUGCGAAUGGGAAAUACUUAUUUCUCCGUGCAGACGUCAGUCUUAUUACAGAGGUCGACAGAAUAUGUCAGACAAUUAUGGAGAAAGAGGAGCAUGUGAACAUCUUGUUCCUAAGUCAGGGAGUCAUGACGAUGGGCGAGGUAUCGAAGGAAGAUUUGCAUGUCCCCGCGAGUUUGAUACUGCAUUCGCGAAUGCGGCUUAUCCUGAACUUGCUCCCUCUACUACGCACAGCACCAACGCUUCGACGGGUGGUCACCGUUUUCGCGGGAACAAAAGCAGGACCUGUGUUCGCGCCUACCGAUAUAGAAAUGCGGGAGUUGAAGAAUCCGAUGAAAGCGAGGGGACAGGCAGUCUGCGCGCUGACCAUGUUGCUGGAGGAAGCAAAGAGACGCGCGCCGGAAGUGGGAUUCGUUCACUCGUAUCCUGGGUUCGUGAAGACGGGGAUUGGAAGGGGUGGUGGAAUUGUUAGGAGCGCAGUAAUGGCUGUUGUGGGAGGGGUUUUGGGACCGUUUUUGUUCGUAGGGAGCGAGGAAUGUGGGGAGAGACAUUUGUUUCUUGCUACGACUGGGAGGUUUGCUGGGGUGCAUGAUAGGGGUUUGGAGGUUCGUGAGGAUGGUGAGGUUGCGAUGGGGACUGAUGGGGUUUUCGGGAGCGGAGUGUAUUGCACGAAUGAGGUGUGUGAGAGCGGCGGGGAUUAUACUGUUAAGAUGCUGAAGAAAGCGCGAGAGCUGGACAGCGGAGAGUGGCCUUGGAAUUUGGUUCGGAAGGAUUACGUCAGAAUCACUGGCAAAGAGUGUCUGUAG